GUGUUCUCCUUCUUUGUGGUUCACUUCCUUUGCUCCUUUCCUGAGGUCCAAGGACCAGGAAGUGUUUCCGGGUUCGCCCGUUGCCUUGGAAACGAGGCUCUUCCGGCGGCUCCGGGGGUGGGGCCAAGAUGGCCGAGGAAAAGCAGCAAACGACAACUCAGUUUCCUGGCACAGCAGAACCUCAAAAACCUCGUUCGAGAAAAGAAGAUGAUUUAGCUGAAAGAGAGCCACUCCUGGGGUCCCUUCAGGAUCUAAAAGGAAAUGCAGAAGGAGCCAGGUCAGAACAAUUCGUGGAAACAGUAGGGGCCACCGUAGAAGAAGCCUCCCUACGUAGCAAAGCUGCAGAAAGCAAUACCCAUAAAUAUUUGGUGAUAACUACAUACAGAGAGGAGCCCUUCUCAUAUUCAGAACUGGGAAAGAGGCACAUGACAAGCAAACAAGCUGAUAACAGGGAUUUAGCCAAACAAAGCAACUUCCAGCGUAUAACCUUGGCCCCAGAGUUUCCUGUCUUGGAGAAGCAGAAUUGGUUGAUACAUCUUCAUUACAUCCGCAAAGACUAUGCAGCAUGCAAGGCUCUUAUCAAAGAACAGCUUCAGGAGACUCAAGGAUUAUGUGAAUAUGCUAUCUAUGUCCAAGCCUUAAUAUAUCGUCUUGAAGGGAAUAUCCAAGAAUCUUUAGAACUCUUUCAGUCUUGUGCUGUUCUCAAUCCUCAGAAUGCUGACAACCUGAAGCAGGUGGCCAGGUCCUUAUUUCUUUUGGGGAAACAUAAAGCUGCUAUUGAAGUGUAUAAUGAAGCAGCUAAACUUAACCAGAAAGACUGGGAAAUCUGCCAUAACUUAGGAGUUUGUUACAUGUAUCUGAAGCAUUUCAACAAGGCAAAAGACCAAUUGCACAAUGCUCUGCAGCUCAACAAACAUGAUCUGACCUACAUAAUGUUGGGAAAAAUUCAUUUGCUGGAAGGGGACCUGGACAAGGCUAUUGAAAUCUAUAAGAAGGCUGUGGAGUUCUCACCAGAAAAUACAGAACUUCUCACAACCUUAGGACUACUCUAUUUACAGCUUGGCAUUUACCAGAAGGCAUUUGAACAUCUUGGAAAUGCGCUGACUUUUGACCCUACCAACUACAAGGCUAUCUUAGCAGCAGGCAGCAUGAUGCAGACCCAUGGGGACUUUGAUGUUGCACUCACCAAAUACAGAGUCGUGGCUUGUUCUGUGCCUGAAAGUCCUCCAUUAUGGAACAACAUUGGAAUGUGCUUCUUUGGCAAGAAGAAGUAUGUUGCAGCUAUCAGCUGUCUGAAAAGAGCCAACUAUUUGGCACCAUUUGACUGGAAGAUCCUGUACAACUUGGGGCUUGUCCACCUGACCAUGCAGCAGUAUGCAUCCGCCUUUCACUUUCUCAGCGCCGCUAUCAACUUCCAGCCCAAGAUGGGGGAGCUCUACAUGCUCUUGGCAAUUGCUUUGACCAACCUGGAAGAUACUGAGAACGCCAUCCGAGCCUACGCAGAAGCAGUUGCCCUUGACCAGUCUAAUCCUCUAGUAAAUUUGAAUUAUGCUGUGCUGCUGUACAAUCAGGGAGAGAAGAGGAGGGCCCUGGCCCAAUACCAAGAGAUGGAGAAGAAAGUCACCCUGCUCAAGGGGAGCAGCUCUUUGGAUUUUGACCCUGAGAUGGUGGAGAUGGCUCAGAAAAUGGGUGCAGCUCUGCAAGUUGGAGAAGCAUUGGUCUGGACUAAACCAGCUAAAGAUCCCAAAUCAAAGCAUCGAACAACUUCAGCCAACAGAUCAUCCAAUUUCCAACAGCCCUUGGGUUCCAACCAAGCUCUAGGACAAGCCAUGUCUUCUGCAGCCGGGUUUGGGAAAACCAUGCAGCUCCCUAUAGGUGCAGGAGCAUCAUCUCAGUUUGCAAAGCCUCCUUCCCUCCCUCUGGAGCCUGAGGCAGAUCCACCCCAGUCGAGCUCUGAGGUCCCAGAGACACCGAAAGGCAGGCUGGCCCCAGAAUAAAGCCGUCUCCUUGGGAAGAGCGCAAAGGAUUCAGAAAGAACAAGCCCGGCCAGCAGCCACAGCAGAGCGGGGUCCUGUGAUGAGAGCCAUCCUUGGGCUGGCCUGACUUAGCGGCAUCUCCAUGGAAAUUCCCAGCCCCGGAGGCUGUGGUGAAGCAGCCCCUCGGUGCAGCUCUGCCCUCCAGGGCCAGCCUAGCAAGUGACCCAGCCUCCCCUGCCCAGAGCAGUCUGCAACCUGCCUCUGAGCCCAACUCAGAUUCUCAGUCAAAGAAUCGAGAGCUUCGAUCAUGUUGUCUCCGGCUACUGAAUCAGCAGCACCAGCUCUUGGAGCUGCUCAGUGAAAGUUUUUAUUUAAGGCAAUCACGGACUAAGGCCUAUUUGUAUGUUCUUUAUAGAAUAAAGAUUAUGUACUGUCA